AUGGAUAAAAUUUUUUACGUUCGCGCCAUAUAUGUUGAUGUUUCUAAUAUUAAUAAUCCGGAAUAUGCUAAAACGGCCCUACAAGCAAUCGAUCAAGUUUCAUCAGAAUUGAGAGAAAUAAGCUUAAAAAUUCAUGAACAUCCAGAAUUAGGAAAUCAAGAAAAAUAUGCACAUGAAUUGUUAGUUACAUAUUUGAAAUCCAAAGGAUUUGAAGUAACUCCAAGUGCAUAUGGAAUCGAAACAGCUUUUACUGCAGAAUUUCAAUCUAAAGUUGGAAAAGGAAAAGUAGUGUCAUUUAAUUCUGGAAUAGGUCAUGCCUGUGGUCAUAAUUUAAUAGCAAUAAGCGGUGUUGCUGCUGCAAUUGGUAUUAAAUCAGUUAUUGAAAAAUAUGAAAUUGAAGGAACUGUAAAAUUAUUUGGCACUCCUGCUGAAGAAAGUACUAAUGGAAAAAUUGAUUUAAUUGAGGCUGGUGCUUAUGAUAAUGUUGAUAUUUCUUUGAUGGUUCAUCCAGGCGUUAUUGAUGCAGUAUUCAUGAGUUUUCUCGCAUUAAGACCUGUUACUGUAGAAUAUUUUGGAAAGAAUGCACAUGCUUCAGGAGAUCCAUGGAAUGGAAUUAAUGCAUUAGAUGCUUUAAUUUCGGCUUAUAACAAUAUUUCAUUACUGAGACAACAAAUUUUACCUACUGAUAGAAAUGAUUUAAGAUCUUUACAACCACGUAUUCAAAAAUGCUUUGAUGCUGCAUCUGAAGCUACUGGAACUAAAGUAAAAACUAAUUGGAAAAGAGAAGUUCAUGUAGAUGUUAAAAGCAAUGAACCUUUAGCUACAAGAUAUGAAUACUAUUUAACCAAUGUAUUUGGUAAAAACUUCCGACCAAAACAUGAACAAUCAGCAUUCCCAAUGGGCUCAACUGAUCAAGGUAACGUUACGUAUGUAGUGCCUGGUAUACACCCAAUGUACGAUAUACAUACAUUACCUGGUGGCAAUUCUAAUCAUACAAUAGGAUUUACUGAAGCUGCUAAAACUAUUUUGGCACAUGAGGAAACCAUUAUAGCUUCUAAAGGUAUUACUUUGGUUGGUUUGGAUUUCUUGAUUGAUGACAAAUUUUCUAAAGAAGUAAAGAGGGCUUUUACUGAAAAUUAA